CAGGUUAUGUUGACUUUAAUUAUUAUAUUUGCUCGUGUUGUUACAUACAUGAUUGCGUAAAACAUACGAAUUAUUAUCAAAGCUGCAUAUUCACUAAUAAUUUUAGCCUUGAACUGCUCUGAUGCAAUUUAUUUUGUUUUCUGGUGCAGCUACUUUUCCAAGAGUGGCCAAAUGUACUUUCCCUCUUGGCAGGUUUAAUUGUCAUAAAGACACUGAUUAUUACAGCAAUAGGUCCCCGGGUUGGACUCACCAUCCAAGAAAGUGUAAGAAUAGGGCUGCUUCUUUCCCAAGGAGGCGAGUUUGCAUUUGUAGUUUUUUCUUUAGCAAACAGGCUUGGAGUGCUACCCCUUGAGCUCAACAAGCUGCUCAUUAUUGUUGUUGUAUUGUCUAUGGCAUUGACUCCUCUGCUCAAUGAAGUUGGAAGAAAGGCUGCUGAUUUUAUUGAUGACAAAUUUCACACACAGGAUGAAGCUGCUGAGAUGGUAGACUUCAGUGCAAGUGAACCUGUGGUUAUCCUUGGCUUUGGCCAAAUGGGUCAGAUCCUUGCCAAUUUAUUGUCCACCCCAUUGGCUUCUGGGGUAGAUCGUGAGAUUAUGGGAUGCCCUUAUGUAGCUUUUGACCUUAAUCCUUCAGUGGUGAAGGCAUCUAGAAAGCUUGGCUUUCCAAUUCUCUAUGGAGAUGGGUCGCGUCCAGAAGUUCUGCAGUCUGCUGGUAUCUCUUCUCCAAAAGCUGUCAUGAUAAUGUACACAGGAAGAAAGAGAACAAUCGAGGCUGUUGAAAGGCUUCGGCUUGCCUACCCUGCUAUCCCAAUAUAUGCCAGGGCUAAAGACCUCAAGCAUCUCUUAGAUUUGAAGAAAUCAGGUGCAACUGAUGCAAUUUUGGAGAAUGCUGAGACCAGCCUACAACUUGGAUCGAAGCUUUUGACAGGAUUUGGUGUCAUGUCAGAUGAUGUGACCUUUCUGAGUAAGCUUGUCCGGGAUUCCAUGGAAUUACGAGCUCAAGAACAACUUGGCAAAACUGAUGAUAGAGAAUUUGACGUAAUGGAGCCGUUGCAGGUAAGAUUGACCGACUUUAUUGGGGCUCAAGGAUCCAUAUCAUCACCUGAAGACAAGCCAACAGGAGAAAACAAGACAGAUGCAACUCAAGUUUCUGGAUUUAAUGGAGAAUCAGAUCCAGCACAGCAUGACAGUGGACUCAAACAGUCUGGGAAUUCAGAUGGCCAAGGUGUUGCAUACCAUGAACUAGAUACAGAGAAUGGCUUUGUACUAGGAACUGCAGAUAGUGAAGGAAAGAUAAUAGCUACUGAGGAACCAUAGAAGCUGAAGGCCUCAAGUUUUUUCUUGUUUUCUUCGAGUUACUGACAUUAUGGAAAGAAACAAGCUAAACUUUGUAGGCACCGGACCAUCUACAUUUCAUUUCUUUGUACAGCCAAAAACUCUAAAGCUUCAUGUAAGAUUUUCAUUUUUUCCAGAACCACACUAGAUGUAUAUCGUUGAUUAUUCAUCAAUAUGAUUCCAGUACUGGGUUUCCCUUCCUGGAUUUUCCACAGAAAUUACAUCACUAAGCAAGAAACUAUGGAAAAAGUG